AUGACUACUCUCCCUUUGUCUAUCCCUGCAGGUCAGAUUCAACCCCGAACACCUCUUAUUCCCGCCUUCACCAGUCAAAACACCACCAUUCCUCCCAAUCCCGCCAUUCACACUAAUCCGGGAAAUUCCAUCCUUCACCAGCCUAACGAGGAGCAUGACGAGAAUUCCCGACCUGACAAAGCAUACAUAAUCCUAGAACACCAUUUUGAUCAUCAUACAGAUCGCAAAGGUCGCACGAAAAUCGUGUCGAAGAACGCUUAUUCAAGUGUAUACGAAGCGAAUCAAGCUGCUUACAAGGUAUUUCAAUCAAGGGACGGAUAUCUUGAUUAUGUAUAUGAUGAAGAUUCAAGAACGGAGUGUUUCUCAGGAGAGAAAAGAGAUGCUGGAAGACUCAUCGAUACUUUAUGGAUUGAAGUCAAGGAGAUGAAGAUGAAUUAUCCAAAAAUACCAAAAGGACGUAAAUCCACUCAAGGGAAGAAGAGACCUUCGGACGGCGCUACUACCUCGGUGGCUAGCACUACAGGAGCUGAUGUCAGUGGAACACAGGCGAAAAAGCAGAAACAGUCAAAGAACGUAGUUGACCUAACGAGGGACUAG